AUGCACCUCUUGCACCAUCUCCUUCCGCUUCUCUUGACCUCCGUCCUUUACACCGCAGCUGGGCCAACGCCAGCAGCAUCACAAUGUCGAUGCCUGUACGGCGAGCCCUGCUGGCCCAGUCAAAGCACCUUCUCCGCCCUGAGCGACCAACUUUCCCAACCAAUCCUCCACCCCGUACCCCCAGAAUCCGCAUGUUACCCGCCCUCGUCGCCCUCAGGCAACUGCAGCGCCCUCCUCUCCAGCUUCGACAACGGCGACUGGCGUGCCGACCAGCCUGGGGCGAUGCAGUUGCCCAACUUCCAGACGUACACGUUGCCGAACGGGACCAUCGAGGCAUGCUACAUGAACGUUUCGUUGGGAGUUCCAUGCGAGCAGGGCAGCGUUCCGCCUAUUGGUGUGGAUGCAAGGACGGUUGAAGAUGUGCGGGCUGCUGUUGUGUUUGCAAGGCAGAAUAAUCUGCGGCUUGUAGUCAAGAAUACGGGGCAUGAUUACCUUGGUCGUAGUACUGGUCGAGGGGCGUUCAUGUUGUGGACGCAUCAUCUGAAGAACAUGACCUUUGAUCAAGAGUUUGUCCCUGACGGCGCACCUUCAUCAGCGGAAAAGGUUUCCAACGCUGUUACACUUGGUUCUGGAGUGGCCUGGCACGAAGCCUAUGAUUUCGUUCAGGAGAGAGGUCGAUUCAUUUUAGGUGGCAUUUCUGUGGGCGGAACCGUUGGAGCUGCUGGAGGUUGGAUUAUGGGAGCCGGCCAUAGUGCCUUCGCUCCUACGUUCGGACUCGGCGUCGAUAAUGUCCUCCAAUUUACCAUUGUACUGGCAUCUGGGCAGCAUAUAGCAGCCAACGCCUAUCAAAACACCGACCUCUUCUGGGCCUUGCGUGGCGGAGGUGGCGGCACCUACGGCGUCGUUACAUCCGUUACCUAUCGAACACACCCCGUCUUCUCGCUCUCAAUGGCAGUCCUGACGGCCAACUUCUCCUCGAUGGACAUCGCGCAGAGCGUUAUCACCAAAUUUAUCAAAUCGCAACCUGCUUGGUCCGACAAAGGCUGGGGCGGCUACUCGUCGAUCAACAGCUCCUCCUUCCAGCUGCAAUACGUCGCUCCGAAUGUUUCGACUGCAGAUAUGAAUGCGACCCUUUCGCCCUUCGUCGAUUUUGUGUCUAAUGCGACACAAGGGGCUUCGCAGAUAGCCUACCAGAACUUCUCGUCGUUCAUAGAGUGGUAUGCUGCCACUUACUCUCAAGGCCCGCCUCAAGUUGGAUAUCCGAUUCUAGGCGCCAAUCGUCUCCUUUCGCGGGCAUUGGCUGCAGAGAAUCCAGCACAGGUAGCUGAGAAGCUGUUGUCGCUCAAUGGGGGUGUGUUGGGCACUCUUUCGGUAGCAGGAGGUGCGGUCUCCGAGGUCGACCCAUCGUCCAUGAGUGUGUUCCCAGCCUGGCGUACUGCUGUGGCCGAGCUUUACAAUACGGUUACUUGGCCCGAAGGGUCUCCAAAUUCGGUUAUACAGGAACAGGUGCAGGCCCUGGAGCGGAACACUGAGAUCCUGAACGAAAUCACACCGGAUUCUGCGUCUUAUAUGAAUGAGGGCUCUCCGUAUGAGAAGGAUUUCAAGAAGUCUUUCUUCGGAGAUCAUUACACAAAGCUAAAGGAUAUCAAAUUCAAGUACGAUCCGGCUUCUUUGUUCGUUGUUCCGCUUGGAGUUGGCUCGGAUGAGUGGGACUCGGACCUGCGAUGCCCCGUCUGA